AUGGCACACUACCUCUACGUCAAUGCCUGUGCCAAGGGAGAAGAAUCGAUCACUUCCAACUGGGACAUGUACUUUGAAAAACUCGGCCUCAUGCUCACCUUCUGGAACAUGGCCGGCAUCCCCUUCAGCUACUGCCACUGCGCAAUUUACUUUGCCCAUCACCACCCCUCCGAGUACCGCUGGAGCCGGUACGCUCUGUUCGCGCUUGUCGUCGUCUACCUCUCCAUGUACUGGAUGUGGGAUACGUCCAACAGCCAGAAGAACCCGUUCCGACAGAUGGAGCGCCAGGGAAAACUGACCAAGCGCAACACGUUCCCACAGCUGCCGUGGCAAAUCGUGGAGAACUGGAGACCCAGGCCGGCGAGCGCCUCUUGGAGCCCGUUCCCCUGGUUUUACUCCGUCUUCUUCAUGAUCAUGAUUAUCCACCGUGCAAUGAGGGACAUCGAGCGGUGCCGACGCAAGUAUGGUCAUGCGUGGAGGCAGCAUGAGAAAGGAGUACCCUAUCUUUUCAUCCCGUACGUCGUCUAA